AUCCUGUCUGGGCGUUCCUGAUCGUGGGGGUUGAAAGAAGUUCUAAGUAAUGAAACUGUAACUACGUGUCCAAGUAGAGCUCACAGGGACACACUAUCAAUAUCAUCAAAUACAAAUAGGAAGAAAUAUAGAGGGAGGCGGCACUUCUACAUCUACUACCAUCAUGACAGCUGCAGGCAAGGAUCAGGAUGACGCACUACCUCUGUCCCCUGUUGUCGGUCGUGACAUUCUACUUUUAUGUCGUGGCGCUCCCACGCACGCCGUCGUGCACCCGCCCGAUCUCCUGCUUCCAAGUUUAAAUGUGGAAAGCAAAGCUGCAGCCGCAUCACCGGCAAGGACAAAAAUGAGCAACGCUGGUCGCGCAGAUGGAGACGAGUCAACAGCUGCGAAAGUAGUUGGAGAAGCACAAGCAGUGCCUGCUUUCUUCAUGACGCCAAAAAGGGGCGACGCAGCUGCAAGGAAGCUGUCCGACGCCACUCCGUCGACCGUUGCAUCGUCCUCGUCGACCUCGUUCGCGUCGCUUUCUCUUGAAGACCUGUCGUUCUCGCCCGCGCGAUUAGAAGAGCCAAACACGUGCAGCUCUUCCGUAGAAGUGCUGCCAGGCGCAGUGGCAGUGGAAGAUAAGAAUGAUACCACUUUCGCUCCUUUGGAUUUCGAUUUGGUGUCGGCGAGAAAUUUAGAGCAAACCGAGGAAGCGAGCCAUCAACUUCUGCCUCUCGUCGCCGAAGAUAUUAGCCAAGUCGUUGUAGAGUCUACAACGAUUCGCCAUCUUGCAGAGGUGACGGAGAUGCAGAUCAUGCAGUUUCUGGAUUGCCGCAGUCUGGCGUUUUACGAAGUCACCUCCAAGGACUCGCGGCGGCUGGCCAUCGAGCUGUGGCGACUGCAUUCUGACACGCUCGACCGCCUGUUCACGCAGUUAGAAGCAGUGGAGCUCCCGGACGCGAUCACGAAAAAGGUAAGCUGGAAAAAUAAGGAGAAGGCGAGGUAUAUCCGCAGACUGAUCGCGGGCGUAAAGCGUGGGCUGGCAGAACGCGGAUUCACAACCAGCUUCUCGGAGUAUUUCGCAACGCACCAGUCAAAUAUCCAGAUGGCCGUCAUUGCGAAGCGGUACAGUAGUUUUCUUGACGAGAAGUACGAGAAGUUGAUGAUAGAAUCAUGGUGGUAAUUCUUGAUCAUUGAACUUAUUAUCCUGUUCAACUACCCUCCAGGUGGAUCUCGCUCGAGCCUGGUAGCGACCUUCUAGUAUUAACGUUCUACUUUUUCUAUUCUGAGAAUAUGAAUACACAAGCAGGUAUCUCCGCUGGUCUCUGGUCCGGGACUCCAUGGUCUCCGCCCUUUUCUACCAGCGCCUGCAGACGCAGAACUUCGCUCGCUGGCUGCACCGGAACCGGCACGAGUGGCAGCGCAUGCUGGGACAGGCGACCGACGCAAACGAGGAUUACCGCCUCCUCGGGAAUAUUCUGGAACGAGCACGAGUAGUAGAGCCGGCGCGCAACAUUCAGGCAGCGGGACGUCGUCUCGACGCCGACGUCCCAGACCUCGUACGAGAAGCAGUCGAAGCAUAUUAUAACCACCAUCACAACGAGAACGAGAAUGACGAUGGCAUCCAUGAUGACCUUGAAGAUAUUGCAGAUGAGGCCCAGGAAAAUGUCGUCAACCGAGAUGCCGGGACAGGACACGACUAG